AUGAACUUCAUGCUCCUCAGCGCAGCUCUCGCCAGCAUGGCGGUCGCCGGCCCAAUUGCAGGCACCUACCCAAUCACCUACCCAUCGUCCAACACCCCAGCCACCUACCCAUCUGGCAACGCCCCAAUCUGGUCGUCCCCAAUUCACGGCGGCAACAACGGUGGCAACGGUGGCAACGGUGGUGAUAACAACGGCGGCAAUGGUGGCAACGGAGGCAGUGGCGGAGGCAACACCGGUGGCAACGCAGGCAACGGCGGAGGCAACAACGGUGGCAACAACAACGGUGGCAACAACGGCGGCAACACCGGUGGCGAGGGUGGUAACGGCGGCAACGGUGGCAAUGGCGGUGCUCCAGUUGAGCUCUGCCCAGCCAACCGCGUUCCUCAGUGCUGCCAGCUGAGCGUCCUCGGCGUUGCUGAUGUUACUUGUGCUUCCCCAUCCAGUGGCCUCACAUCCGUUUCGGCCUUCGAGGCUGAUUGUGCCAACGACGGCACCACCGCCCAGUGCUGUUUGAUCCCAGUUCUUGGCCUCGGUCUCUUCUGCAGCAACCCAUAA